CACACAGCACACAGCCGCGUUGCUUGGCUACCUUCUGAAGAAACACACGCCAACCACGAAGGAUAUUGGCCGUACCUCGGGUUCAAGUUGAAUUCCAGCACAACUCCUGCCCUGCGGGUUUGAAAGGGAGUGCGAUAGCUGGCGGGAGGCAACGAACUGCGAAUCAAUGUGUCGACUGCUUUGCUACAUGGGUGCGUCCGUGCCGAUGGACGUGCUUGUGACGAAGCCCGAGCACUCGUUGGUUUUCCAAUCGAGGGACGCGUCUUUUCACCCCGGGUGUGCCGACAAGAGGAACAUCCGCGUCAACGGCGAUGGCUUCGGAAUCGCUUGGUACACCCCGAGGCGGAUCGAGGAAGGGGGAUGCGUGGUAAAGUUUCCUACCCCGGCCUGGUCCAACACCAACCUUCUCAACAUCGCCAAGUUCGUUGAGUCAGGCCUGGUGUUCGCACAUGUCCGGGCGGCGUCGGAUGGGGCCGUGCUGGUGGGGAACGUGAACCACGAGAACACCCACCCUUUCAAGUACAAGCGCUACACAUUCAUGCACAACGGAGGUAUCCCCGGGUUCGCGAGGAUGAAGCGCCAGCUGCUUGCUCAGCUCGGAGACGAGGCCUACCUGACCAUCGAGGGCAGCACGGAUUCGGAGCUCUGCUUCGCCUAUUUCUUGGAUGAGCUGCCCAACACGGGCGACCAGCUCAGCGCUCAGGAAAUUUCCCAGGUCUUGCGCCGGACUAUCGCGCGUAUCGUGUCGGCGGUUGCAUCAUUAUCCGCUAGCCCGUGUCCGCCGGCCCCGCCAACAGCCACGACAACAGCACCAUCCACAAGUGGGCAUGAUGGUGGGCCGACGACAUCCCUACCUGAUGCUGCUUCAGUCCGUGGUGGCAGUAGUGCUUCUGCUGCGGCACCCGCCAUGUCCCUGAACUUCUGUGUGACGGACGGUAGGCAUAUCGUUUGCUCGCGGUAUCGCAGCCACGCCCGGCAGAAUCCUCCGAGCUUGUUCGUCCUCGCGGGGGCAGGGUUUGCAUGUGACGAGGCGGGGUGCUUGCGGCAGACCGCCACUGAACCUCGCACAAGCGUGGUGAUUUCGUCGGAACCUCUCUGCCGCUCCACCAAGAGCUGGGAGCUGGUGCCGCGCAAUAGCAUGGUGAUCGUGGAAGGCGCCACUCCCACCGCAAUCCCUGCCACGGCGGACACAGCGCCCAUCGCUGCUAACAGUAACACCGAAACUGCCGAUAUUGCGGUGGCCGCCGAAGACGGUACCGACCAUGGCACUAUCGCUACGUCUUCGACCGAUGUAUCGUCCAGUGCCGGGGCUGCUGCUGCUGCUGCUGCUGCUCCUGUUUCUACUACAGGGGCUCGGGAAAAACCGUUGCGUAUGGGCCUGGUGUCCUCGAUCAAGUACGAGCCUCUGCGGUGCCACCCGUCGGAUUCGCCAGCGUCGCACGAUCCGAUAUUCCCCGACCCGGUACUGCUUCCAACGUUCUGCGCGAGGGUACCCAGUAGCGGAAGCCGCCGUGCUGGCGCCGGCACCGGCGGCACCACCAGCAGCAGCAGCGGCAGCGGCACCAGCAGCAGCAGCGGCGGUAGCGCUAGGGGUGAAGGAAGCAACCACUUAGUUGCAAAGGGCACCACGGAAAGGUUUGGCUUCGCUGAAGCGGGUGUUGUAAGCGACCGAGGUGGUGGUUUGGGUGAUGGUGAUGGUGGUGGUGGAGGUGGAGGUACGUGUGGCGGCGGUAGUAUCGGUAGCAGUAGUGGACAGAAUGAGGGUCGAACAGCUGCUUCUGGUGCAUCGACUGUAGCCGCGUACAGCAGUGCUGCGCCCGCCGCGGCUCAGAGGGGUCUGGCGACUACGGUGCAAUAGUUAACGAGGCGAUAGCGGUGGUCCGAGAGUGGCGCGGUGCUGUUCGAAUGUGGAGCGUGACGAGCCCUCGCCAGCGCGUUUUUUCCUUCUUUGAGCUGACACCCGUGCAAGGAACAUGGGAACAAGGAACAGAGGUGCUACAUGUAAAUGUGUUUUGGGUGACCUGCGCAGAUACAAGAGAUGCCAAGAGCAAAGCUAUACCGCACCUGAGAAACAUUUGCUGAAACUGACGUGAAUUCCGCGCAUUGCCUCGUUGAGGUUGUGCAUGCCCAUUUGGGAUGUCGAUUUGUUGCUGGGAUACUUCGUGGCGUUGUUUUGAUAGAACUUCCCCGUCUCGUAAAUGAAUUUCCGCCUCCAGUCUCCACAGGGCCUUGGCAUGAUGUGGUAGAUUGACGCCCCUCGUAGAAUACCGGUUUCUCUGUUGAUGUUUGUAUUCUUUCUUCUUGUGACGCUGGUGUCUGCGAAAUCACACCACAUGCAGGGGUGGGGUACGAGUUGACCAAUGAAUGUUGGGUCGCUGGAGAGCGUCUAUAGCGAGCGAAAUCAUCGAUCACGAGCGCCAGCAAGGGCUUUCGAGUGAGCCAAAGAAAAGCGCACAGUGACACGGGCCUCUUGUUCCCACCUCAGUAUCUUUUCGUA